UAGAACGAAAAUUUUUCGAGCAUUCAAGAUUUGAUGCUAUUUUCAUUGUAUGUUAAAGUCUUAUUCAAGAGUUUUUGAAAUUCUCUAAUAAAACACUUUGCAGAGUGAUAAAUGAUAAUAAUGAUAUCGAUGAUGACAUUAGAAAAUAUUGAUAAACAAUGGUGAAUAUAUCUGUAUUGCUAUAAUAAACAGAUGAAUGCUAAAGGAAAACAUUACUGCAGCUUUAGUUAAGACAUAAACAAAGAAGAACAAAAUGCCUGAUUGUAAUAAAAUUUUCUCUUGUGGUCGUUAUUCACAUCGAAAAGUAUUCGUCAUUAUCGAAAUAAUUAAUAUGUCGACAUAAAAAACAAGCAAAGUAAUAUUAUCGAUUGUUAUCUUCUUAGAUGAUCCGGUUCAGAGUUGAGAUAUAAUACUGGAAGGUAUCAUAGAUGUAGUGGCGUAUCAAGGAUUUCGUAGUUGGAUAAGGGAGGGGGACAGAGCCCACCAUGUUUAGAGCUCUAUCCACACUAGUCUUAAUUUUUCUCUAUAGUAAAUCCAGUGUCUCACUUUUUUGAUCCCCAAAGAUCGAUCUAAUAAACAUGUUCUUUUAUUAAGCGAAAUUAUAUGAGCGAAAAAAAGACAAAAUUGAGAAAGCAUCAAUUACUACUUCACAAUCAACAGUAAGGAUGUGGGUGUGGGUAUAUCUUAUCACGUCAUAAUCGCACCCACACCCCACACCCACAAUGUGAAACAAUGAUUAAUUAUGGCGCUCGUAAAUGGCAGUUAUAUGUGAUUUUGUCCGCUUUCUGGAGCAUUAAAAUGCACUGAGAAACGACAAAAUGAGACUCGUUGCCUUCGUUCGACAAUGGAGAACAUAUAAAGAGCGUUCACAAGUUUCGGCAUGAUUUUAUAAUUCAUUGUUCUGGUCUUAAGGGCUCACCCUCAAAAACCGAUCUCAGGCCAAGAACAUCCAAAUUGCAUGAAACUUUCAGGACAUGUUGAGACUGGUGUGGGAAGACUAUGGUAAAAUUUUCAGCCCUAUAUCAUGACGUUUGACAGAGACAUUCACCAAACAAGGGUCAAAAAUCGCUCAUUGGGGAUCCCAAAUUUCUCUGUUCAGGUUCAUUAUAUAUGUAUUUAAUUUUUUUUUGUUUGAAAGAGCACGUCAGAAUACAGAGUACCAUAGAGUUCUUUUUUUUUUAAAUUCUUACUUUUUAAGCGGAGAAAGAACAUCACAAGUUUAAUGAUUCAAAAACCCUCAAAAAAUGGCGCCCUAAUUAUAUAAGUAUCUGUAUAUAUAAUAAAAACAAAGCUUAAUUUAAAAAAAAAUCUUUGGUGCUCUGCGUCUGGACGCGCUCUUUCAAACAAAAAAAAAUUAAAUACAUUGAAUGAGUAUUGACAGAGAAAUUUGGGAUGCGCGAAAGAAAAAGCAAAAAAGACUUUCGGUUUUUUGUAAAAACAGCUUAUUUUUUCACAUAGAGGAUAUCAAAAAUCUUCAUAAAAUUUUUGGAAAAUAGAAGGUGUCGAGUAAAAAUUUUUGUUGUUUAUGAAAGAUCUGAAGACGGGCUAUUAUCCCAUGCAUUUAUCUCAAUUUCGGAAUUUCUGACAAAAAUUGACUUUUUUUUUGACGAGACCUUAAGCAUCAAAAUGUAGCGAAGAAAGAGGAGAUCUCUAGAGUUUGAGCUCUGUCCCUCCUCCAAAAAACAAAAAAAUGUCUGAAAUAGACGAAUGAUAGGGUGUGGGUGUGGGGUGUGGAAGUGAAUGAGCAGUAGACUCUUACCCACAUCCACACUCACAUUCUCUAAAUGAUUGCCUUCGAAGAGAUAUAAAAAGAGAGUUUUCUAUGCAUGUUACCUUUUUAUAUUACAACUCACAUGUGUCUGUAUGUCUCAAGUGGAUACAGAAAAUUUCUGAGCUUAAAGUAGAAAAGUGCACAUAGUAUCAAAUGAUGAUUUAUAGGUUUACAGUUUUUUAAUAUAUGCAUGUAACCUUUUGUUUUCCUCUUGUUUUUUUUGGCUGGUCAGGUGUUAGUCACAACUACAUCAUUCUUUAGCAGCUUUUUAUUUUAAUCUUCAUUCACUGAAAUAUUCACCAAUUUAUGACUUCAUCUAUCGUACGCAUUGCCUCGAUUGCCAUCAACUAUGAUCAAAUGAAAAUAAAUUUUGAUUAUUUUUGCUCUGUUCCAAAUAGAAACGAAAAAGCAUUCGUCUGCUGUCUUCAAUAAAUAUUAAUGAUGAGUGUUAACAUAGAAAAGGCCUAUACGGUAUUUUUUUUCUCCGUUCUUUCAUUUUCUCUUAUCAUCCUUCGAUAGUGUGCUGUUUGUAAAGAACCAUACAACGAGUAUCACAAGAAUAAUAUUAUUACCUCAAGUAAGUAAAAAAUAAAUGAUGACAGAAGACGUAAGUAGUUCGAAAUGUUUGCAGUACCACUCAGGUUUCGUUUGAAUUGUAUUCUAUACCCGUCAACACUAGUUAUCUUGACAAGAAAUGUCUGGCAAACACGUCUGGACUAGAUCCGAACGUCCUUGAACCAUGUCAUGUCUUAUCCAUUUGUCUGUCAGCCCGUUCAGACUAGUUCGUAGAACAGACAACGAAUAAAGAAGGAAACGAAAAGUGGAUCUAGUAAACAUCCAACCCGACAUUAUCCAAUAUCUGAUAGACGUUUUGACAGUAGACCAUGAUGUAGAGAUAGGCUCAUGUCAGUUUAUACAGUCUAAAUCAUAGAGUGACUCCUAUCCAUCUGUCAGACAAUCAGAAAUCAGUCAAAAUCAAGUGAUUCUAACUAGUAGAAAUUAUUAUGUGUGCUCGUUAAGACUAGUUCUUUUUUCGAUGAUCUACCGUCAAUCUAAUCCAGAAUAGAUUAAAUAUUGUAAACAUAGCAUUUUGUUUCCACUAAGAUGUUCUUUUAAUUCUUUUGACUAAUUAGUAAUAGACAGACUAGAAAGUAUAAGGCAGCAUAAAUGAUUUUUCGAUAUUUGUACUAUUUCCUUGAAAUAACUGAUAUUAUUGAUUUCUUUUCUAAUUUGAGUGGCUAUUAGACGAGUUCUUCAAAAUUUAUAAUGAAGUCAAGAAUAGACAACAUAUUUUGUACGUUCAUAUUUUGAUAUAUUUCAUCGUAUUGCACACUUCCAUAUGUAAAAAAAAAUAUAAAAAUAUAUCGAAGUAUUAAAACUCAUAAGAAAGUAAAACGCACAAUAUUCGUUUCUUAGCAAGAAGUGCAAAUCUAUAUAUUUUAAAAUGUAUUACAUUUGAAAACUAAAUUAAAAAUAUUUAAAUUAAGGGUAAUUCAUAUAUUGCUGCUUUUAUCGCAUUAAAAGUAUGAAUUUUGAUGAUUUAAAUAUAGAGAUACAAUUAAACAACACAAAUUUUGUUUAGCUAUAUAGUUAAAAUUCGCAUUUGAAAUUUAAGGUUACAUUAAAUCACUUUCAUUUGAAAAGAAGGUCACUCUAGACAGUUUGUAAUGUAAGUGCAUCUUUUUUUUCAAAUGAUAAAACUAUUUGUUCGUAUUUCUCUCUGUUAUUCUAGGGAUCCACGAUUCACCGACGAAGCAAAGGUCUCCGCUCAAUUAUUUACAUCGCUUCAAUCAUCAUUGAAUGAUUUAACACCUGAGUCAUUGCGCACAUUUUUCGAAGAUCUCUGUGCUAAAGCCAAUGAAAAACUUAUUGGAACAUUCAAUGGUAACCUUCAAGAGAAACAUGUGACAACAAACUCUGUCGACAUACCAAUUAAUGUUUAUACUCCAACGAAUGCCAACAAAGAUAAAUUAGUGGUUUACUUUCAUGGUGGAGCUUGGAUCUAUGGCAGUCGAAGAACGCAUCAAACUAUUGUUAAUCUUCUUGCAGAUGCCACAAAGACUGUUUGGAUUUCUGUUGAAUAUCGUCUAGGUCCCGAAUAUAAAUAUCCGAUUUGGUACAAUGAUGCAUGUGAUGUGACUCGAUAUAUCAUCGAAAAUAAAGAAUCCUUUGGUGUUGAUCGAACAGCUAAGGUUGGUGUGGCAGGCGAUAGUGCCGGAGCUAUGAUUAGCACAUCUGUUUGUCAGACAGUGAAAAAUAUCGAUUUUCAAACUCUCGUUUAUGGUUGGUAUGAUUUCACUUGUGCAACACCAUCUUUCAAGGAAUUUGCUAAUCAACAGUAUUUUGUCACACCUGAAUUGAUUGAUUGGUGCAUCAAGAAUGCAUUUAGUGAUGGAUUAGAUAUGAACGAUCCUCGAAUAUCUGUCUUUCGCAAUACAUCACUCGAACAGUUACCACCAACUUUAUUGAUUGUCGCUGAACUAGAUCCAACUCGAGAUGAUAGUUAUACAUAUAAGGAACUUCUUGAUAAAGCUGGUGUAAAGAACAAGCUUGUACUUAUCAAAGGUGUUCUUCAUAGGUUUUUUCCUUUACCCGGAAUUCAUCCAAAAGCAUGUGCACAAGCUAUCGAUGCUGUUCGAGAAUUCAUGGUAUCCAUUUCAUAA